GUCGUGGGAUUCACAGUUAUGAGAGCUCAAUAGCUAUAGCCUCCCUUGUGAGAAAUACUAACUCUUUUUUGUGAGAAAGAGAGGGGUGGGGAGAAAAGCACAUAGUAUUUAGUUUCAUAACACCAAACAUGGCCUCUCACUCCAUUUGGGCUUUUGUUUUUGGCAUUCUUGGUAACCUCGUCUCCUCACUCGCUCCAUUGCCAACAUUUUACCAGAUAUACAAGAAGAAAACCUCAGAAGGGUUCCAAUCCAUCCCUCAUGUGGUUUCACUCUUCAGUGCCAUGCUUUGGACUUACUACGCGCUGCUCAAGAAGGAUGCCAUCCUUCUCAUCACCAUCGACACCUUUUGCGUCUUCAUAAAGACAUUCUACAUUUUUACUUACUUCUACUACGCUCCAAAGAAGGAGAGGAUUGUGACUGUGAAGCUUAUCCUCCUUUUCAAUGUCUUCGGGUUUGGAGUAGUUUGCCUCUCCACUCUCUUCCUUGGAAAAGGAUUGCGUCUUCGCGUCCUCGGAUAUAUUUGUAUGGGAUUUGCCUUGAGUGUGUUUGCUGUUCCUCUUUGCAUUGUGGGGAAAGUUAUAAAGACAAAGAGUGUCGAGUUCAUGCCAUUUUACUCAUCACUUUUCCUCACAUUAGGCGCAGUCAUGCGGUUCUUCUAUGGCCUUUUAUUGAAGGACUUGAACGUCGCCAUUCCGAGCGUCGCAGGAUUUCUUUUUGGAAUUCUUCAGAUGAUCCUUUAUGCCAUCUACAGGAAGAAACCCAAGCAGGUGGUUGAAGAGCCAAAGAUAGCAGAGCACAUCGUUGACAUGGUGAAACUAAGCACAAUGGUCGUCGUCUCGGAGCUGAGCACACUGGUGCCUCAGCCGACCACCAAUGACAACAAUGGUGGGAUUGUGGAAGCUCAGAAGGUGAAGAAGGAAGGAAGCAAUACUGAGGAAACCAACAAGCAGAAUAUGAAGGGCUCCAAUCAAGUUUAACAAACUGUAUUUGCAUGAACUGGAUGUUUCCUCCUCCUGGGUGUCUGUAGCUAGUGUGAUUUGCUUGGCAUGUACACGUCUAGUGGCCAUGCAAGCAAUGGAAUAAUACUGUCCCUUUGAUGAAUAUGUCAUUGUUCCAAAUUAAAGUCAUUGUCUAAGU